UGUGUAUAUAUUACUGGCGAGGGAGCCGCUAGGAAGCUAGGAGGAGUUGCGGCAAGGUCGACAGCGGCAUCCUGCUCUGAAUUACAGGAAGACGGUAUUUUCGACUGACUCAAGUUUGGAGGGACGAAAAAAAAAAUUUUUUUUUUUUGUUCUUUUGUUUUGCGGCUGAGGAAGAAAAAGGCAAAUAGGUGGCUUAAAGUAUCCAUCUUGUAGCCUCAUGUUUCGCACUAACGAGGAUUUUUGUUGCUGUUAGCGCGGUCCAUACGGCGUUCGAAGCGGAUUUUCUCCUCUUACCAAACAGCUCAAAAGAACAGCACAGCUCCGCUCGUCACGGACUAAGGGCCUAACGGGUGUUCUCAUAGACGGUUUACCCGUUAGUUUGCGUGUCAUGUCGGUAUCAUCGACUCCAACUCCGGCCCCCGCUCCGGGAGAGACCGCACCAGCGGAGAAUGAUUGUUUAGCUCCCGACGCACGGCAGAAGCCGCCCGGUCCGGCGCAAAGUCAGAGUCGUUUCCAGGUGGACCUUGUGGCGGAGGCAGCUGCAGCAGUCGCCGAAAACGAGUCGCUGAGUUCCGAAGCUUCCGCCACUGUCCCGUCCAGCGAUCAGGCCGAUCCCGGCGCUCCUCCGGAAUACCCAGGGACAAGCGGCGAAGAAGCUAAAGGACGGUUUCGGGUGGUGAACUUUGCAGACCCAAGCGGCGCUGGGAGUCCGGCUUCUCCAGAUGCGGCGCCUGCCGAGGGGAUGCAGAACGGGGACACAGUGAUGAGCGAGACGAGUUUACAUUCGUCCACUGGCGGCCAGCAUCACUAUCACUAUGACACACACACCAACACCUAUUACCUGAGGACUUUUGGCCACAACACCAUCGAUGCCGUGCCCAACAUCGAUUUCUACCGCCAGACGGCCGCACCUUUGGGGGAGAAGCUGAUCAGACCCACCCUGUCGGAGUUGCACGACGAGCUGGACAAGGAACCUUUUGAAGAUGGGUUUGCGAAUGGUGAUGAGCUGACCCCAGCUGAGGAAGCUGCAGCAAAGGAAGCCGCUGAAUCUAAAGGCGUUGUCAAGUUUGGCUGGAUUAAAGGAGUUCUGGUCCGCUGUAUGUUGAACAUAUGGGGUGUGAUGCUCUUCAUCCGUAUGUCCUGGAUUGUGGGUCAGGCUGGAAUUGCUCUGUCUUGCUUGAUUGUUGCUAUGGCCACUGUUGUGACAACGAUCACUGGACUCUCCACUUCUGCCAUUGCAACCAAUGGAUUUGUUCGAGGAGGCGGAGCAUACUACUUGAUUUCAAGAAGUUUGGGGCCAGAGUUUGGAGGGUCUAUUGGUCUAAUCUUUGCCUUUGCCAAUGCAGUGGCAGUAGCCAUGUAUGUGGUGGGCUUUGCUGAAACCAUGGUGGAACUUCUUGCUGGUUUUGAUGCCAUCAUGACAGAUGAAACCAAUGAUAUUCGAAUUAUAGGCACCAUCACUGUAAUACUUCUCCUCGGCAUAUCUGUUGCAGGAAUGGAAUGGGAAGCAAAGGCCCAGAUCUUCUUGCUCUUUGUACUCAUCACUGCAAUCAUCAACUACUUCAUUGGAACCUUUAUUCCUCUGAAGUCAAAGGAAUCUUCGGGCUUCUUUGGCUAUGAUGGUUCUAUCAUGUGGGAGAACAUGGGUCCCGACUUCAGGGGUCAAACAUUCUUUUCUGUCUUUGCCAUCUUCUUCCCUGCAGCGACUGGUAUUCUAGCUGGGACCAACAUUUCCGGAGACCUUGCGGACCCACAGCUGGCCAUUCCCAGAGGAACACUUCUGGCCAUAUUGAUCACUGGAAUAGUUUAUCUGGGAGUUGCUGUCUCCACAGGUUCCUGUAUUGUGAGAGAUGCCAGUAGAAAUGAUACAGUCAGUUCUCAGUUCACGUUGAAUUGCACUGAUGCUUCCUGCAAAUUUGGCUACGAUUUCUCUGCUUGUAAGAGUGAAAAAGAUGGCUGUCCCGCUGGCCUACAUAAUGAUUUCCAGGUUAUGAGCAUGGUUUCGGGUUUCGGGCCCAUCAUUACAGCUGGAAUCUUCUCUGCCACUCUGUCCUCAGCAUUGGCGUCUUUAGUCAGUGCGCCUAAAGUAUUUCAGGCUUUAUGUAAAGACAACAUUUACCCUGGACUUGAAAUGUUUGCCAAAGGUUAUGGCAAGAACAAUGAGCCUCUCCGCGGCUACAUCCUGACCUUUGUGAUCGCUCUUGCCUUCAUCCUAAUUGCUGAGCUGAACAUCAUUGCCCCUAUCAUCUCCAACUUUUUCUUGGCCUCCUAUGCCUUGAUCAACUUUUCCGUAUUCCAUGCCUCAUUGGCUAACUCCCCAGGGUGGCGUCCCAGCUUCAAGUACUACAACAUGUGGGUUUCGCUUGCUGGAGCUGUUCUGUGCUGCGUGGUAAUGUUUGUCAUCAACUGGUGGGCUGCUCUCUUCACCAACGUCAUUGUUCUGGGACUCUACAUUUACGUCAGCUAUAAAAAGCCGGAUGUGAACUGGGGCUCAUCGACCCAGGCUUUGACCUACCACCAGGCUCUCACCCACACGUUGCACCUCAGUGGAGUAGAAGACCACAUUAAGAAUUUCAGACCCCAGUGUCUGGUGAUGACUGGUUAUCCUAACUCCCGUCCAGCGCUAUUGGACCUGGUCCACAGCUUUACCAAGAAUGUGGGUCUGAUGAUCUGUGGUCAUGUUCGCACGGGUUGUAGAAGACCAAACUUUAAAGAUCUGGCAACAGACCAGUCCCGGUAUCAGCGAUGGCUGCUGAAGAAUGAAACAAAGGCUUUCUAUACACCAGUGUUUGCAGAAGACAUGCGGCAGGGCAGCCAGUACCUCCUUCAGGCUGCAGGCUUGGGCCGUCUAAAGCCCAACACUCUUGUGCUUGGCUUCAAAAACGAUUGGAGAGAUGGUGACAUGAUGAAUGUGGAGACGUACAUUAGUAUGAUCCAUGAUGCCUUCGACUUUCAGUAUGGUGCUGUUAUUUUACGAUUAAAAGAGGGAUUGGAUGUGUCGCAUAUCCAUGGGCAAGAUGAUGUGCUGUCCUCCCAAGAGAAGUCCUCUGGGAUGAAAGAUGUGAUUGUGUCUAUUGACACCAGCAAAAACUCUGAUGGGGAUUCAUCCAAGCUGUCAUCCAAAGCUACAAGCCUCCAAAACAGUCCAGCUAUACAGAAAGAUGAUGAAGAUGAUGGCAAAGCUACAUCCCAGCCCCUGUUGAAAAAAGAUAAGAAGAACAUGACCGUAUCGCUGAAUGUGUCUGACCAGAGACUGUUGGAGGCCAGCCAGCAGUUCCAGAAGAAACAAGGGAAGGGCACAGUUGAUGUCUGGUGGCUGUUUGAUGAUGGAGGUUUGACCCUGCUUAUCCCUUAUCUGUUGACCAACAAGAAGCGAUGGAAGGAUUGCAAGAUUCGUGUUUUUAUCGGUGGCAAGAUAAACAGGAUUGACCAUGACCGCCGAGCAAUGGCGACCCUUUUGAGCAAGUUCAGGAUAGACUUCUCAGACAUCACUGUGCUUGGAGAUGUAAACACCAAGCCCAAAAAUGAGCAUACUGCUGCCUUUGAGGAGAUGAUUGAGCCCUAUCGGUUGAAGGAAGAUGACAUGGAGCAAGAGGCAGCUGAGCGUUUGAAAAACAGCGAACCAUGGAGGAUCACAGACAAUGAGCUGGAGCUUUAUCGUGCCAAGACUAAUCGUCAGAUCAGACUCAACGAGCUACUGAAGGAGCACUCCGACACAGCCAACCUUAUUGUCAUGAGCCUGCCAUUGGCCAGGAAGGGUGCAGUGUCAAGUGCUCUGUACAUGGCCUGGCUGGAGGUGUUGUCGAAGGACCUGCCGCCCAUCCUUCUGGUGCGCGGCAACCACCAGAGUGUCCUAACCUUCUAUUCUUAAAAAAAAAAAAACUAGAAACAAGUCUCACAUCCAUCGAAUGUGUCUGUUAGCAGACCACUAUAUACUGUAAGUGUGUGUGUGUGUGUGUGUAUAUAUAUAUAUAUAUAUAUAUAUAUACACACAAACGCAACUAUAAACUGUGCACGUAUGUUUUUAAGAAAUUACCGAAGAAAAAAUAAAUAAAGUCACAUGUAUUCAAUGCAGAUCGUAUUGAGAUGACGACAAAAUACGGAUAUUUCAAGUGAUGUGGGUGUCGCGUGCUUUUUUUUUUUUUUUUUUUUUUUUUUUUUUUUUUUUUUUUUUUUUUUUUUUUUUUUUUUUUUGUUGUUGUUGGUUUUUUUUUGUUCAGGAAAUGUCAUGUAUCGCCAAUCGGAUUCUCACCUGGAAAUGUCGGUUUCUCAAAAAACGGUUUAAUAAUGUUAAACUUUGAAAAGAGUUUUUGCACCAUCUUUCACCUUGUUGUGACAUGGAACGGUCAUGCUCAUUACAUUUACUGGAGCCGUUUAAAUGUUUGUGAAGCCUCAAUAAUCAACUUGCUGCUUUCCUUCAAUAUUUGGAGAGAAGCAUCUAGAAUGCUUUGCAACACCUUUUUUAAAGCCUUAUGGAUGUGCCUUCCAGUCGAAUCAGAUAUUAAUCUCUAGUUAGAUAACAAUAUUGUAAUAUUGGGUGAUAGUAAGUUUGAUUGAUUUUUUUUUUUUUUUUUUUUGGAUUCCUUAGUGGAGUGAAUUGCAUGCGUUAAUUGAAGGUGUCCCUUUAAUAGUAUAAUGACUUUCGACCCGUUCUUCCCCCUUUGUUGUUUUGGGCUGUUGUGUUUUUCUUGCUAUUAACUUUUGAGUCUUCCUUUUUCAAGAUGUUAAUAUUUCUAAUGCCUCAACUACUCUGCAACAGACUCCGUUAGGCUUUCAGGCAAAGUGCCUAAAGCAUAUACGGAUUGGUCUGGAAUGAAAGAUUUUAUUUGUGGAUGUAGGUUUUCAUUAGUUACUGUAUGUCAUGUUAAAAAAAAUAAAAUAAAAUAAUAGUAGCUGUUGUAGCUCAUGUAGCUGCACGUUAACUAAACGGUUUCAUUCAACAAAUGUAUCUAGCUCGUAUUGUUCUUUCCCAGAACACGAACGCCACUCUCCAACAAGCUCGUAAACUUUGCCUUAAUACCAGAACGAACGAGUCAAGUUUUGGUACGCCAUACUGGAUAGGUCACCUCCUUGUUUUCAAUAUUUUUCAAUACCACAUCUAUGUAUAUGUAUCUUAAGUAAUCACCGUCCACCCUUAUAGGUCUCUUAUAUCUCUAAAUGUAGCCCAGCUCUGCUUGUAGCUGGUUCUGUGGGUACUCAAUAUAUAACACAUCCAGCAUUAGUGCCACAGUACACUUUAGAUUUACUCAAGUACUCAGGCCCCUCACCCUGCCUUUAUUACCUUGUUUUCCAUCAGGAUGUAUGAUGAACUGCUGUUCUUAUCUAAAAGUGACCUUGUUACGAACUUGGGAGGCAUGCAGUUCUGAAUAAUGUGACAUUAGAAUGAGUCAGUACUGAGUAAACGUUAUACCUCUAUGCAUUUCAGUUUGUGUCACAUAUGUAAUAAAAGUCCAUCUCUCAAUUUGA